UGUUGGAACUGAAUUUAUAAAGAAUGGAAGGAUACAAUGUGUUGAAAGUACUGGGAGAGGGAUCCUUUGGCAGAGCUCUCCUAGUUCAUCACAGAUUCAGUGACCAGAAGUAUGUAAUGAAGGAAAUAAGGCUUCCCAUGUCUUCCUCUGGUGUAGAGAAUUCUAGGAAGGAAGCUGUUCUUUUGGCUAAAAUGAAACAUCCAAAUAUCGUUGCCUUUAAAGAAUCAUUUGAAGCUGAUGGACAUCUGUAUAUAGUGAUGGAAUAUUGUGAUGCUGGAGAUCUAAUGCAAAAGAUUAAACACCAAGGAGGAAAUUUGUUCCCUGAAGAUAUGAUCCUUGACUGGUUUGUGCAGAUGUGCCUUGCCGUGAAGCACAUCCAUGAUAAACGUGUGCUGCACAGGGAUAUAAAAUCCAAGAAUGUCUUCCUCACUCAAAGUGGAAAAGUCAAAUUGGGAGAUUUUGGAUCUGCACGCCUUCUUGCACAUCCAGUGUCCUAUGCUUGCACCUAUGUGGGAACUCCUUAUUAUGUACCUCCAGAAAUAUGGGAAAGCCUGCCAUACAACAACAAAAGUGAUAUAUGGUCUCUUGGGUGCAUUCUGUAUGAGCUGUGCACUCUCAAACACCCGUUUCAAGCCAAGAGCUGGAAACAUCUCAUCCUUAAGAUUUGCAAAGGGUCCUAUGAUCCACUUCCAUCUCACUAUUCCUACGAACUUCAUUACUUAAUAAAACAGAUGUUUAAGAGAAAUCCACAGAAUCGUCCAUCAGCCAGUACUAUUCUUGCAAGAGGUUGCCUAACCAAACUUGUAAAAAAUUGUUUGCCUUCUGAGAUGGCAAAUGAGUUUGAGCAGGUGUUAAAGGAAACCAAGAAACAUGAAAGCAGUGCAGCAAGAAAAAAGGGUAGUGUCAUGGCUGGUGGAAGCUCAAACAGUAAGACUGAAAAUAUACGAAGGAAAAAUGAAAGUAGCAAGCAUAGCCCCUUAGAAAGGAAAAAUGUUGAGGGUUUGAGUGAAGGCACAAGGGAACAAAGGAAAUCUUAUCAAGAAGUAUCAGCUUCUGCUGUCCUCCCAGGAAGUGCUGAUCUGUCACACACCCACAGGAGGCAAUGGGAAAAGAGGAUAUCCAGUACUGUGCUGGAUGUCCUGGAAAAUGCGUCCUUGCUUUCUUCAAGUUUUACACCUGAAGAGAGUGAAAGUGGUGGUGUUACAAACUACAGUGAAAAUAAGCCACGGAAGCAGUGGAACAAGCAGCCCCCUCAGACCCUGAUGGACAUGCUCAGCAAUGCAGAUGUCAGCUUAGCAUUUAAAACAUACACAAUUUAUAAACCAGCUUCUGAAAACAUAUUAAGAGGUCCACUUUCUGAUGAAAGCGAAGCAUCUGAUGAAGUAGAUGGUGAACAUGAAGCUGUUGUCAUAGAUUCUGAGAGACUUGAACCUAGAUCUGAUGAAGAUGACACGGACUUUGAGGAAGAUGACCCAGACUGGGUGUCAGAACUGAAAAUGGUAUUGAAACAGUGUGACUGA